UUAAAGAUUUAAGUAGCGAGCAUUCUAAAUAAAACUUAAAGUACUCUACCGGUGUACUUUGAGUGUGACUAAAAAACGACGAGGCAGAACAUGACAUUUAUAUUGACAAGAGAAGUUAUAUGUCAAAAAUAAAAAUAUUUGGAGAUUGGAGAACAUCUAUUAUUUAUUUUAUUUAAGAUUAAAAAAAUUGAUUAAUUAUGGGAUUAUUCGGCAAAACACCGGAAAGAAAUCCAAAAGAUAUGGUUACAGAAUGGAAUCAUAAAUUGAGGAAAGAAGGUUAUCAAUUAGAAAGACAGAUUAGAUCUAUUCAGCGUGAAGAAGAAAAAGUUAAAAGAUCUUUAAAAGAAGCUGCAAAAAAAAAUGAUAAGGACACUUGUUUAAUUUUAGCAAAAGAAAUUGUACAUUCAAGAAAAGCUGUUAACAAAAUUUACACAUCCAAAGCUCAUAUUAAUUCUGUUAUGUUACAAAUGAAGAAUCAAUUGGCAACUUUACGUGUAGCGGGUGCUUUACAAAAAUCUACUGAAGUAAUGCAAGCUAUGCAACGUCUCAUUAGAGUACCUGAAGUUGCUCAAACUAUGCAAGAUAUGUCAAAAGAAAUGAUGAAAGCUGGAAUAAUCGAAGAAAUGUUAGAUGAAACAAUGGAAGAUCUUGAUGAUACAGAAGAAAUGGAAGAAGCAGCACAAAGUGAAAUUGAUAAAGUAUUAUUUGAAAUAACAGAAGGGAAAAUUGGAGAAGCUCCUCUGCCUCCCACAGAACCAGCAGAAAAAGCUACACCUUCUCCAUCAAGAGAACCUGAACAGGAGGAUGAAGAAGAAAUUGAAGAAAUGCAAAGUAGGCUAGCUGCUCUGAAGUCUUAAGUUUAAUUGAAUAUAUACAGCUUAUAAUCACAUUUUAAGAUUUGAUAUAUUUGGAAAUCUUUUUUUUUUUUUAAUUAGAAGGAACUAAUUUGCAAGAUUAUAUUUAAGUUAUAAGUAAAAUGACUUGGUCAAUUACUACAGAAAAUCAAAACAAUUUCUUCUAAGCUAUCAAAUAAUUUAAUUUGGUUAUAAUAUUGUUAUAUCUAAUGUUGAACAUAAGUGUGAUUCUUUCAGAGGCUUAAGUAAGUAGAUUAAAUUGUAGUUAUUUUAAAAAUUAUAAUAAUUAAUUCGACAGUAUUCAAUGCAAUGAAAUCAUUUUCAUCCUAUUUUAUCAGUUAGUUAUACAUUAUUUACAAACAUUAAUUAUUGGCAUCAAAAACUACUUAAGAGUUAAAUUGUAAGAAAUAGUUGUACUUGAAUUGAUAUUUUACAAAAUGAAGAAGUUUCAUUUCCUAACACAGCUAUACUUUUUUACAUAUUAUAGAAGUUUAAUGAAAUUGUUUAUUGUUAAUUAUGGUUAUCAUUGUGAAUACUAAAAAUUUCACUAGAUUUGAUAUUUUGUAUAGAAAAUAUGCUAAAACAUAAACAUCUAGUCUUAAAAUUAUUUUUGCAUAUUAUAUCAUUUAAAUAUGAUUAAUCUUCUAAAUCAAACAAUUGGUAUUAUACGAGUUUCAAUGUACAAUUAUAAUUUUUCUCUAUUCGUUAUACUUUUUCAGGUAUCAGAUCUUAUACCUAUUUCUUAAUUUAUCUUGACUUUCUUCCUAACCCUUAAUUUGGCAACGAUCUAAUUUAUUCAUUAAAAAAUAAUUUUUGUUAAAAUUGUUCUUUAAGGUCUAAAUAAGCUAAUUUUAAAGUUUGAAAAAUUUGGGUUCAUUUUUGGAUGAGAUAUGCAAUAAGUAUUUUAUGUUUUAAGUAUUUAAACCUUUUAUUCAUACAUAAAUAUUACAAUUAAAGAUAAAACAAAAAAUGUUCUUAAGCUAAUUAAAAUUAAUAAUAAAAAAAUAUAUUGGUAAAAACCUAAAGCGUUAUAUAGAAAAUAAUCUUAAAAAUCAAAACAAACUAAAAAAAUAAAACAUCAAUUAUUUUUUACUAAUAUAUAGAAAUUUUGAAAUAUGAUAGAAUUCAGAACAAUUUUUAUUAUUUGUGAAACAAAGCCUAAUUCUACAUUUUCAGCAAUGGACAGUUGUCUGCCGUACUUGGCAGUUUCUACAUCUUCCUUUUGAAUCGAAAUAUGGCAUAUGCCCCACCUGAUCAUAUCUAAGCGUAUCUUGGAUUGAUGUGGUUGCUUGCCUUGAGUUAAGAGGUGUGGAGGAGCGAGAGCUAGGUCUGUCUUUUUUGGGACGACGGCACAAAAGAAGCUCUUCAGCUACUUGCACUCUAAAAUCUUUCAAAAGUAAUUUUCGAGGAAGAGUAACCAAGCAUUGUUUACUACUGUAUCCACCAUUUGUACAAAUAUAUUUGAAUACCAACGAUGGGAUACCGGUACCAGUUUGUCAGCAGUCGACCGUUCCAUCAUUGUCUCAUCCUUUGACACUUCUGGAGCUUGUGGUGCAUCCUCUGCAUCAGAAUAUAUACAUCUAAAAUUUUGCUCGCUGUCUGAAGUAAUACAUCUUCAUUCUCCGAUUUUCUUCCUCAUCUCCAGAGUCCGCCUUUGGCUUAGGAAGUGAUAAAAGAAUACAGCCAGCUCUUGAAAUAAAACUUUUGCUAUGAAAAAGAAACAAAAAUCAAAAUGUGGUUGAGAAGACAAAAAUGGUAACAAAUUCCUAAAUAAAAUGAAAACCAAAAUAAUAAAACUGAAUAAAUUUUGAAUUGAGGUAAAAUAAAUUUUAUUUUUUAAAUUAUACUCGAUUGUUUUUAAAUUUAUAUGAUUUUUAAAAAAAUAACACUUAAAUUUACUAUAGUUAUUGAAGUAAUGAGUUUUUUUUUAAUUCAUAAGUAAUACUCAAACACUCAACCGAAUUGGCAAGUAUCCUACAGGAUACAGAUAGUAAAACGUAAUUUUCUUGGUUAAUAUCAAUUGAAUUGAUUCAGUUUUUGUUGAAAACAGAUGUUUACAUGUCAGUAUAGGUGAAUCAUAAUUUUAAAAAGCUGAAUUCAGAUUAUAAAUGAUAGUAAACUGUAGACUGAAAAUUUACCCAACCGGAGGCCAUUUCUUUGGCUGAUUUCACUGUUCCAAUUUACAAAAUAAACAAACUUUCACGCCAAGUGUGUGUUGGAAACUGAUUCAAUUUACUGUACAAGACCUAAAGAGACGAUGCGGUAGAUAAUGGAACUAAAAUAAAGGCGCCAAAUUUAAACAAAAAAUCAGGGAAAGUCAUGUAUCUUGCAAGAUACACUGCCAAAUUAAUGGCUAAUUACUCUAAAAAUUUUCUCGUUAAUCUGUCUUCAUUCUUAUUUUCACCAAUUUAAGUAUUUUCAUGUAAAAUUCAAGAUUUUCAUAAACUAUAUUUUUGAGAGCUCGACAAUUUUACAAAAGCAAAUGUAUUCGCUUUUAUACUAAAUAGAUAUGUAAGAAAUUAAUAUAUCUGUUAGUAUUAUAUAAAAUUAUUCACGAAUUACCUUGAUAUCAUUUUACAAAACAGUUUAUAUAAUAACUCCUUUUACAUUUCAAAUAUUAAUUCGCCAAGUUUAAAACAUGCUGUAAGUUUUUCAAAAAAAUUUGAACUGAGUGGUAUAAAUUACAUUAAUUUAAAUUACAUAAUUUAAUUACAUAAAUUAUAUUUUAUGAAUAGAUCCUUAUAGCCCUUUUUAAUGCUAUGAAAAGUCAAUUUUUCAGGAAAUAAUUUUUGUCAUCUAAAAAAACAGACAAGUAAAAACAAAUUGAACAGAAUCCUAUGAAUUUAUUUGUUAUCUCCUCUUUCAAGCUGUAUUUUCUUUUCUACAAAUUUAUUUUCCAAAGUAUUUGUUGCAAUGGAGAACUAGGUGAACUGGAUUAUCUCCUCCUCACUAAAGAAUCUACACUCGUUAGCUAUUGCUGUAAAUAUUGCUACCAGUGGCGACAACACCCUGUAAGGAAGUUGGUAAGGAGAUGUAAGUUUUUCCUAAUAUCUAAAUCUCUGAAGAAAUUUUUUGGUAUGACUCAGGCCGAGAAGGCAACGCCCAGGGCUCUGGGACAAUAAAAGAAAUGAAUGCUUCUUUCAAGUAUCUUCAAUUUGUUUGAAUCCUAUAGGAUCAGAAACACAUACUGAAGAGAUUAUAAUUCUCGCCUAUUUCUUUCGAUACCACCAUGUCAGCAUUGUUUCGAUGACAUGGAAUCUCAGUGAUUUGCUAACUGUUCAGAAUAAAUCGAAAUUUCAUAUUUGGGGCAAAUUUAUUUCCAUGGAUUUUUCUAUAGCAAGUAUUUACAAUGAUAUAAAAAUUGAACAAAAUUAAAAUUUGUGACUUGGAAUUUUAUUGUUUGCAAUAUUGUCUUUGGUUGUUAUUUUAGCAGACAAGAUAACACCAUCGUUUGUUUUGAAAUGUCUAAAAAAAACAAUGAAUUAAUAGAAUGUUUAGAAAAUAUAGUUUGCCUAAACCCACUGUUAUCCAACAACUGCCUUAAUACUAACCUAAAAAAAGUAAUUCUUGUAAAAACUCGAUCUCUCAAGUGACUUUAUUAAAUCUGUAUUUCCAAUAAAUAUAAUAUAGGCAAUAUUGUGAUUAUAUGAUUAAACGAAUACUCUAUGUUUUUAACGAAUAUGUAUAGGAUAAGAUGGGGGGUCACUUAAGCAUUGAUCUGUUUUUCAAUUUAUUUUAGAGACUUACGGCAUAGGUAAUCUUUUAUUUAGAGAGCCUAUAUAGUGGACUAAAAAUAUAUAUCAAGCACAUCAAUCUAUCAAGGGUUCCAAAUUUUUCAAUCGUUUUGUAAAACCCUUCAUUUAUCGCCAUUACCCUAUGGUGGCGGGUACUGUUGGGGUAUUCAAAAUUAACACAGGUUUGCUUCUAACAUAUACCAAAAACGACGUUUUAUUUAUUAUAUCAUCUUUAUUUUUAUAUUUACAUUUUUACCAAAAAUAACUCAUUAAAAUAAAUGAAAAAAAUGAAAAUUAUUUAUGUUUCUACUUCGGAACUCACACAUUGAGACGCAUAGGAACUGUCUUUUUACUUUGUUUUUAAGUAUAUUAUAUUUAUUUUUCAUAUUUUAACCAAAAUAAACUCUUUUUUUUUAUAAUUAACCAAACACAUUCUCCUUUAUCCGACAUUUAUACCCGUUUAGAAUGAUUACAUAACCCCAAAAUAUGAAAAGUUAUUUUUGGUUAUCACGAAAAAAAAACGCGAAUUACUCCCACGAAUUCUAACAAGUACAUGGAAUACGAUAAUAAAUUUGUAGUAAUGAACUUGGAAAAAUAUUUCCAAUGGUAUAUAAUUUUAUAACAACUGUCAAACUCACUAUGCGUGAUACAAAAAUGGCGCCGCUUGGUGAAUAAGUUUACUCGGCCCCAUACUAGAUGGCAGCAUUAGUAACAAUAGCAGAAUGUUUUUAGAAGUUUAAAAUUUUGAAACUGUUUUGUAAAAAAGCAAUAUCCAACAUUCUUGUUACAAAGUGUAUAUUUAAAUCUUUAUUUAUAUUUAUUUUGUUAGUUUAUUUAAUAAACUAUUUUUGUAUAAAAAAAUGGAAAAUUAUUUAACAAUUGUUAAUUUGUACAAUUUGUAAAAAACGAAUUUUGCUAAUAUGCUUUACACAUAUUUAUGUAUAGUGACUAAAAAUAAAAACAUUUAACAAUUUA